GUGCGCGCGCGCGCGCUUUCGCUCGCUCGCUCGCUCGCUCGCUCCCGUCUGCUCCCUGUACUACCGGUAAGUCUCUUUGUUGGACAUCAUGAAACUCUCCCCGGUUUUUGUCCACGCGUGUCGAGUCUCCGUGAGUCUACAGAGACCGCUGAUCCCCUGGAGAAGAUCGUUACCGGGGAACAGGACGGGCUUUUCGGUGCCGGUUCGGCGCGCGGCGUCCAGCAGCAUCGGCGGUCCCGGAGCUUCAGAACCGGCGGCCAGCUCGAGCUGUGAGCAAACCGGGGACACGAGGCCACAUAUCGUCCGAGAGAUCCUCCAGAGGAGCAGAGAGGAGCUCGCUGCUGUAGUGAAAUCUCACCCAGGUAUCAAACCCACCCUGGCCAUCAUACAGUCGGGAGAAGAUGACACUUUACUGGACAUCAAUAAGAAGAUGGCAGGAAAGGUCGGACUGAACGUGACGCAGAUCUGUCUGCCGAGCCUCUGCACGCAGGACGAGGUCAUAGAGGAGGUGCUGAGGCUGAACGACGACCCCAACGUUCACGGCGUGUUCCUGUGUCUUCCUCCAUCGUUCCUUUCCCGCAGAGUUCUCAACUCCAUCAAACCUGAGAAAGAUGUGGAAGGGGUCUCGGACCUGAACGUGGGCCGCCUGGUGUCAGGAGGUCUGUCUGAAGGCUUUGUCUCCCCGGUAACAGGAGCAGUGUUGGAGCUGCUGGACAGACACGCUGCUCCUCUGGCUGGGAAGAAGGCGGUGCUGGUGGGUCUGGACGGGCCUCUGAACGCGGUGCUCCAGUGUCUGCUGCAGAACCAAGGUGUAAAGGUGCAGAUGAGCCGCUGGAGCUCAGAGCAGCUGCACAAGCAGGUGACGGAGGCUGAUGUGGUCGUGUCGAUGGGAGACGAACACACGACUCUCCCAAACACCUGCUUUAAACCCGGAGUGACUCUCAUUAACUGCAGCCCUGCGUCACUCCCAGCGUUCUCUGCACACGAGAAGAAGCCUGAGGCUGAAUCCUGGUCAGAUGUUGGAAUCGUAAGCGCAGCUGUCAGGAUGCAGAACGUGGUGAGGAGCAGCAGGAGGUGGGUGGAAGGACAGCAGUAUCAGCCGUGGAAGCUCCGCCCCCUGAAGCUCCAGCCGCUGUGUCCUGUGCCCAGUGACAUCGAGAUCUCCCGAGCUCAGACUCCGAAGCCCGUCGUGCAGCUGGCGGAGGAAAUCGGCUUGUUGCCGGAGGAGUUGGAGGCGUACGGACGCUCGAAAGCCAAGGUUCGGCUCUCGGUACUCAAACGUCUGCAGCAGCAACCUGACGGCAAAUACGUCCUGGUAGCAGGCAUCACUCCGACUCCUCUUGGUGAAGGGAAGAGCACAGUGACGAUCGGUCUGGUCCAGGCUCUCUCAGCUCAUCUCAAACUCAACUCCUUUGCCUGCCUCAGACAACCGUCUCAGGGUCCUACAUUCGGAGUCAAAGGUGGAGCAGCAGGUGGAGGAUAUGCUCAGGUCAUCCCUAUGGAGGAGUUUAAUCUGCACUUGACCGGUGACAUUCACGCCAUUACAGCAGCGAAUAACCUGGUGGCUGCAGCGGUGGACGCGCGAAUCCUGCACGAAGCCACACAGUCUGAUAAGGCGCUGUAUAAAAGACUUGUGCCCUCAGUUAAUGGAGUGAGACGCUUCUCUUCCAUCCAGCUGAAGCGACUGAUGAAUCUCGGAAUCGACAAAUCGGACCCUAGCACCCUCACGCCUGAGGAGAUCCACGCCUUCGUCCGGCUGGACCUCGACCCCGCGAAGGUCACGUGGCAGAGAGUUGUAGACACCAACGAUCGUUUCCUGAGGAAGAUCACGGUCGGUCAGGGCAACACGGAGAAAGGCCACAGCCGGCAGACCCAGUUUGAUAUCGCAGUGGCGAGUGAGAUCAUGGCGAUUCUGGCUCUGACCGACGGUUUGGCUGAUAUGAAGGAGCGUCUGGGCCGCAUGGUGGUGGGCAGCAGCAGGAGCGGGCGGCCAGUAACAGCUGAUGAUCUCGGUGUAACUGGAGCUCUGGCUGUGCUGAUGAAAGAUGCCAUCAAACCCACUCUGAUGCAGACGCUGGAGGGCACGCCGGUGUUCGUGCACGCCGGACCGUUCGCCAACAUCGCACACGGAAACUCAUCGGUGCUGGCGGAUCAGCUGGCUCUCAAACUGGUCGGAGAGAACGGCUACGUGGUGACGGAGGCAGGUUUCGGAGCAGACAUCGGCAUGGAGAAGUUCUUCAACAUUAAAUGCCGAGCGUCUGGCCUGAAGCCUGAUGUCGUGGUGUUGGUGGCCACCAUCAGGGCCCUGAAGAUGCACGGAGGAGGUCCGAAUGUAACAGCUGGAGUGCCCCUCCCCAAAGAAUACACAGAGGAGGAUCUAAAGCUGGUCUCCGAAGGCUGCAGCAACCUAAAGAAACAGAUCCAGAUCGCUCGUCUGUUCGGCGUUCCCGUGGUGGUGGCGCUCAAUGUCUUUAAGACCGACACGGAUGCCGAGAUCGAGCUGGUGUGUCAUACGGCUGAGGCUUCAGGGGCGUCGGCGGCUGUGCCGUGUCAUCACUGGGGGCGGGGCGGACGUGGCGCCGUGAACCUGGCACACGCUGUGAAGGAAGCAGCAGCACAGACGAGCCAUUUCCGCUUCCUGUACAGCCUUCAGAGCCCCAUUGUGGAGAAAAUCCGCACUAUUGCACAGCGGGUUUAUGGCGCUGAUGACAUCGAGUUAUCGCCUGAAGCACAAGCGAAAAUUGACGAAUACACGCGACAGGGCUUUGACUCUCUGCCUGUCUGCAUGGCCAAAACACACCUGUCUCUCUCUCACAUGCCGGACAAAAAGGGCGUGCCCACCGACUUCAUCCUGCCAAUCAGAGACAUCCGUGCCAGCAUAGGGGCGGGGUUUAUUUAUCCUCUGGUUGGAACGAUGAGCACCAUGCCUGGUCUUCCUACACGCCCUUGUUUCUAUGACAUCGAUCUCGAUCCUGUAACCGAGGAGAUUUCGGGGCUCUUUUAACCAUCCACAAUUCUCACACACUCAACAGCGUCUCACCUCACCUUGACAUCUCGGCUUGGUGUCCGAUGGUUCCAGCCACCUGCAGCAGAGACGCUCUGUCUUCAGGAGCAAAAGGUCUUUCGGAAGCAUCUGAAAAUUGUCCAUCAACUCAUUAUACAGAGAUUGUAAAAAUGAGAACUCUAGUUUCUUUCUUUCUUUCUUUCUUUCUUUCUUUCUUUCUUUCUUUCUUUCUUUCUCUAGUUGCUUUCUUCGUAAUUUACUGCAGUUUAUUUUUUCCAGAUUUAUUAUUUUAUUAUAUUUGAUCAUAUUGUCUAAUGCCAUUGAUUCCAAGUAUUUGGCUGCAGUUUCUUUAUUGCACAAAUUUGUGUUCAGGUUUCAUCCUCAAACAAGGUUUAUUUUUACCAGCUUGUGUGUUUUAAAUCCAGUUUAAACAGUUGGUCACAUUUUAUGGCUUUAUGGAAAAAACCUUGAUUUACGAUCUGAAUCUUGUCUAAACUGAUUUUGGUCUUUUUAUUUUUUAUUUUUUUAAUUCAGUUUUCACAUGUAUUUAUAAUUCUGAUAUACACUGUACACUUCUAACUAAGGCCACGUUCACACUGCAGGUAAAAGUGGCCCAAAUCUGAUUUUUUGGGGGGUCAAGUGACCAGGUCAGACUUCUUCAGGAGUAGUGUGAACACUCAAAUCCACUUCCAUAUGUGGUCCUGAAUCAGACCCAAAUCUGACUUUUUCCAGUGUGGCCACAGUGUGAACAACCGAGGCGGAUUCGAUGCGAGUUUUAUGAUUUCAUUCGUCACAAUUGUGCACCUGCGAGUACAUCGUUGUUAUUGUUCGUUUGCGCGUGCGAGUCAGUUCGAAACAGCACACGGUUCACACUGGUAUCUGAUAUAGGCCACAUUUUAAAAGGUAAUGUGAACAGCCAAACAAAAAAAAUCAGAUCUGAGCAAAAUAUCCAAAUUAAGCAUUAAGACUUGCAGUGUGAACGUGGCCAAAGCGGUCAUUACAUCACCCCGUCGUCAUUACGUCACAGCAGUCUUGAUUAUGUCAUUGCCUCCCUAGUCAUUAUACAGUAUCACCAUCGUCAUUAUCUUGCCAGUCUCGAUUCUGUCAUUACAUCACAGCACUCGUGAUUACAUCAACACAGUCAUCGUUACAUCAGGGCUGUCAUUAUGUCACAGAAGUCAUUACAUCAGUGCUGUCAUUAGGUCUCAACAGUCAUCGUUACAUAAGUGUUGUCAUUAUGUCACAGCAGUCAUUACAUCAGUGCUGUAAUUAGGUCACAACAGUCAUCAGUGCUGUCAUUAUGUCACAGAAGUCAUUGCAUCAGUGCUGUCAUUAGGUCACAACAGUCAUCAUUACAUCAGUGCUGUCAUUAGGUCACAACAGUCAUCGUUACAUCAGUGCUGUCAUUAUGUCACAGCAGUCAUUACAUCAGUGCUGUCAUUAGGUCACAGCAGUCAUUACAUCAGUGCUGUCAUUAGGUCACAACAGUCAUCAUUAUAUCAGUGCUGUCAUUGUCACAGCAGGCAUUACAUCAGUGCUGUCAUUGUCAUCACAGUCAUCAUUACAUCAGUGUUGUCAUUAGGUCGCAACAGUCAACAUUACAUCAGUGUUAUUGUCACCACAGUCAUCAUUACAUCAGUGCUGUCAUUGUCACCACAGUCAUUACAUCAGUAAUGUCAUUAUGCCACAGCAGACUUUAUUACAUCACCACUGACUUCAUUACAGAAAACACCAGUCAUUACAUCAGUGCUGUCAUUACAUCAGUGCUGUCAUUACAUUACCACAGUCAUCAUUACAUCAGUGCUGUCAUUACAUCACCACAGUCAUCAUUACAUCAGUGCUGUCAUUACAUUACCACAGUCAUCAUUACAUCAGUGCUGUCAUUACAUCACCACAGUCAUCAUUACAUCAUUGCUGUGCUUACAUCACCACAGUCAUCAUUACAUCAUUGCUGUGCUUACAUCACCACAGUCAUCAUUACAUCAGUGCUGUCAUUACAUUACCACAGUCAUCAUAACAUCAUUGCUGUGCUUACGUCACCACUGACAUUGUUACGUCCCCACAGUCUUGAUUUUGUCAUUAAGUCACCACAUGACCAUGAUGACUGUCACCACAGUCAUUACGUCACAGCAGUCAUCAUUGUCACCACAGUCUUGAUUUUGUAAUUGUUACCACACUCAUUUUUUCUACUUGUGCACUGACAUGCAUUUGUACGUCUUGUAAUAAAUUUUAAAUAGUUAAUCAGCUGUCGAAUGUUUGGUGCCUAUUGGGUAAUAUAUCUCAUUUAUCUGAUCCAGUUCCUAUCAGUGAGGAACAAGUUCCACCAUUUCACAGCAAUAAAAACAUUGUAUUUUAUUUGCAAUGUUUUUUUAAAAUCUGGUGAGGUAAUGUCAAGCAGGAGAGACUUUCUAAAGUGUAAACACAAGAAAGAAUAAAAUGUUCCAUCUUUUCUUUG